AGAAGCCCGACUCCCCGGCCGCCGGCGGCGGCGGAGUACGUGGCGGGGGGACGCCCGCCUGUCGGAGGUGGCGUCGCCGGCCGCCUCCUUGUCCGUCGGGGCCUCCUCCGGCGGCGGGCGGGGCCUGUCUCCACCACCUCUGAUCUGGGUUCCGAAAGACAGGUUAGUAAUCAUUUUGAGGGCGUUCCUUACUAUGGUCCAAGGAGUGAUGCCGAAAUAAGUCGCAGAUUAGCAGGGAGUAAGCGAAGUACGUCAGACUCUGCCUUUGUUGGCUCAACUAGAGAAGCAAUGACUCAGCUAGGACCUGAUUCGAAUGAGAACUUUCAUUUAAUGAAGAUUCUUCGAAAUGGGGCAGGAGGAGAGAGACCUAGAAGGUCAAAUGAAGAGGAUGUUUUUCUGGGUGUGCAGCCACUGAGGCAAUCUUCUGGCUCACUUAUAUUGCACCCGGGUUCUAGCAGUAGAAAUGAGGCGACCGUUUCCAAAUGGGAGCGGCCCAUGUCCAUGAAUAUGGGCCCUGCUGUUCAGUUUCCUCCCCGAGGAGGUCAAUACGUUCCUUUUGUUCAUAAUGCGCCUCCGAACAGAUUAAGGGAAGUCCACCCGAGCCCUCCAGUUCUCUCGCAAUCAGCUGCUGAUGAAGGGUCUAGAACUGGGAUCAAAGGCCCUGGAAUUUUGAGCUCAAUGAAUGCUGGUACCAGCUCCGAGAAGAACUUGUCUGUGAUGCUUCCUAGUGGCAACAGGGCAAAGACUGCAGCGCUAAUGACAGAGCCAGAGUCUUUCAACCCCCCGAGUCGACCUGGAUUGACAUCAGAAAGUCGGCAAAUGACUAUAUUCUAUUGUGGCCAAGCUCAUGUUUUUGAUGAUGUCCACCCAAACAAGGCAGAUGUCAUAAUGGCUUUGGCCGGAUCAAAUGGAGGAUCGUGGUCAACAACAUACUCACCAAAAUCCGGCACAAGGCCAACUAAUGAAAGCAAUGUUCUCACCGGAGAAAAUAAAGCAAGUGUGGCAAUUUCACGUGACUUUCACGGGAAGUUGCCUGCCACUGGUGACUCUAGUCACGGCAUUGGAUCAGGCAAUCGGAUCUCAAACCCUUCAGGUGGCCCCAGAGGACACCUUAUAGUGAAGGACACGAGAAAACAGCUUCCAGUGGCAGAACGCAUCGCUGAAGAGAAAGUCGAUCCGUGAUGUAAAGUUUUUGUCUGGUAAAUCGAAUUUUAAGUAGAAAGUUCUGUUAACUGGAGUUUUAGUGACGAGCCCCUCUAUUGUUCUCCAAUCUUUUGUGGCUUCAUUGAUUUCCUAUUUGUCCUUCCCCAUAUUCUUCUUUUGGAUUGUCAAUGAGGAAUCUGUUGAUCUGUGGAAAGAAACUGAAGGAAAUCUUUGCUUGUAGAGACCCAGUUAAAAUCCUUGCACUGAAAUUUGCUUCAUUUUCAGUAAAUGAACAAGGGGGAAAAAUGAGGAAUGCUUUUGAUGUCC